AUGCCGCUGGUGCCUCGAUACACGUGGGAAGAAGACGCGUCCAGCCUCGCGCUGGAGCUGCAUCUGCCCGGGACAGCGUUGCGCAGCACCGACAUUUACGUGAGCGAUCUGGUGGUGAAGGUCAAUGCGGCGCCCUACGUGCUGUUGCUAGACCUGCAGGACGCGGUGGACGAUGCGUCUGCUGUUGUAAAGAGCAUCCCGGCGUCGAAUUUACUUCGGAUCUCGUUGACGAAGAAGGAGAACCGACUGUGGAAGCAGCUGCAAUACCAAGACACCAAAGCCGCUCUAAAAGAACGGCGAGAGGCGUCAAUGGAGCGGAAACGAGCGAGUGAAACUGCGUUGAGCGAGAAGAGGAAGGAGCGGAAGUACCAGGAGGAGAAGGAGACUUUACGCGCGCAAAUGGCAGUCGACGACACCAAUCGUCAGAUCCUGACCGACCUCAAAGCGGAGGAAAAAGAGCGCGAAGAGCGCGAAAGCCCCUCGUUAUCUGCUCAGAAGACGAAGAAGAAGGUGUCUUUUGCAUCACCUCCGCACGACAGCUCACCCGAAUCGAGGGACAAUCAAGAAGACGAGGUCAUUGAACUGACUGAAGAUGGCAGCUUUGACGUUUCAAGUGCUGCGAAGCCUGCAGUUGAUGUCGAGUCACAGUCUAGUGCUGCUACAGCCGAAGUCGCCGAGCCAAGUGAUUGGGUCGAAGUCUCUCGUGAUGAAGCCAUCAAAGUCGAAAAUGACAGCGAUUCUGCUGGAGAAGCGGUCGAGCUUCCUCCUCCCCGGGAAUGCGUAAAGUCAGAAAUCCGCUUUACUCCUAGAGUCUUCCCGACACCUUCUCGAGAAUCCAAGGCUGCCGAAGAAGAGGACUGGCUGCUGAAGAACCGCAAGCACAUCAACAAACACCAGGGACUCAACCGCACCUCGGAAUACGACAUCAGCGAAACGGAUCCUAUUUGGUUGAAGGCUAAAGGUGACGACUUCUUCCAUUCCAAGGACUUCCGCAGUGCUACGAAUGCGUAUGCCGAAGCCAUUUCUGCAACGCCCAGUGAUAAUACGGACCUGAUUGCUACUUGUCUGUCGAAUCGAGCCGCUUGCCUGCUUCAACUCGGCGAGUUCGAGGAAUGCAUUUCAGACUGCUCGAAGGCUCUGUCGUAUCUCCCCGAUACCCGCGAUACGGACAACAGCUCGAGUUUAUUGAAGCACUACCGCCUGAAGCUAAAGCUGUUCGUUCGGCGAGGUACCGCCUACUGUCGCGUUGGCCACUACAGCCAAGCGAAAGCUGACUACGGCGUGGCCUGCUCCAUGGACAACCAGAACCCGCAGCUUCGAGACGACUUUAUGGAGCUCGUCGCGAUGGAAAAGGCACACGAAUUGAAGAUAGCCGGCGACGAAAUCUUCCGACAGGGCAAGGAUCUCGACCAAGCGGUUCAAAAGUACUCGGAGUCGCUGCAGCUGAACCCAUUAUCGAUCGCUUGCUUGUCGAACCGAGCCGCGUGCUACCUGAUGCAGCAUUCUGCAAAGGAAUGCGUCCACGACUGCACACGAGCUCUGGAGCUUCUGCAGCAAGACACGACAACAGUUGGUGCUUCCGGGCAAGACCACGGACUUGCCUUCUUCUCGAUUGGCCCAGCCGCCGGGUCAGCCCAGCGACGGGCUUGGGUGGUGAAAACGCUUGUCCGACGUGGCGCCGCUUACUUGUCGCUUCGUGACUUAGAACGAGCUGAACAAGACUACGCAGCAAGUGUCGAGCUGGACCCAACCAACGAAGCACUGAAGGCCGACUUGGCGAAGGUUCGCAGUGAACGAUAG